AUGUACUUCGAUGCUGGCUUUGAUAUGGUUCCCCAGUUGUCUCGGACAGAGGCCGACCACAAAGCUUGGGACCUCUUCAUCAACGAAGUCAAGGACAAAUACAAGACCGAUGAACGAAUGGAAAUCAAAUCAAACUACUUAUCCUUCAAGGCGGGUGAAGUAACCAUCCUCCCCUUUGAAGGUUUUAAGUUCAUGCGCUUCAGCUCUAAAUUCACUGGUCGUAGCCGUACUACCAAAGGAGUAUUUGAUAUCGUUCUGAAUGUCACCGCAAUCGCACGGUCAAUCUUCGGUCCACGUGUCCAUCGUUGGUGUGAACCAGUCGAUGAUUUCGGGCAUUAUGACUGGAACGAAGUCAAUGAUUCAAUCAAGUUCUAUGAACAGGUCGACGGAUGGGAGCAGGGAGGAAACUUAGUUUUUAUUUGCCGAGGUGGAUUGCCGAUUGAUGUUGUUUGA